AUGUCGGGUGUAGCGAAUACUCGGAUUGAUCAAAUUCUCGAAAUGUUAAAACAACAUGAUGCGUUUUAAACAUAAUUUGUUGAACAAUCAUAUUUAAAAAACUAGAUAUAUUUUUAUCUCGAGCGAUUAUUAAGAUUAAUAGAAAUCGUGUUAUUCAAUGUUGCUUGAAAAAAAAACAAGAUUAUUUGGUUCUGUGGGUGUUAAAAAUAAUGAGCGUUAUUUCAUUUAAAAAAUGUAAGUCUCGUGCGAGCAGUCAUACCUAACGCACGCCUUUUCUGUUGCUCCGUUAAAUACCGCUGUGAUUUAGGUCAUAUACAUUCAAUAUUUUCCCAAAUUUAUAUACAUAUUAAUUAAUUAAUUUAUUUAUUUAUUUAUUUAUAAUUUAUUUAUUUAUUUAUAUUUUUAUAAUAUAUACAUAUACAUAACGAAUGUUAUAUUUAUUAUAUAUAUAUUGGUAAUUCUAUUCCAUAAUGUGAAUCAAGUUCGUUUGUAAUAAUUCCAGUGUCUUAAUUACCAUACAGCUGUCGCGAUAUCGCGAACGCCGUACAGCAGCGGUGCGCGACGUUUGUCUCCGUGAUAAACAUACCACUAUCGCCGAAUGAAAAAACUAAUAUUAAAAAUAAAAAUAUUAGUAAUAAUAAUAAAAAUAAUAAAACAGUUAUACAUAAUGCUCGCCUAAACAUAUUAACAAAUAAUCCCAACGCGAGCAUUUCAUCCACACAAAAUAAUUCAAAUAGUCCUGGAUAUAAAUAUAUCAAUAAAUGUAUAAAUACAUAAAUAUGGCUGGAUACAACAAACUGGAAAAAGAAACCUCUCAACUUCCUCAGAGCCAACCUCUCCAACCCAAAAUACCAUCAGACACAAAAAACUAUUUAUUUCAAGAAAUCGUUUUGAAGCUCUAUCGCAAACUGAAGCAAUCGAAGUCGACACAAUAUCACCAAACCCAGAUCCAGAUGUAAGCAACCCUGAAGCGCAUACUUCACCGGUAAAAAGUGCAAAUCUACGCCCUCCUAUAAUAGUCAAAGGAAUUAAAGACUUUGUAAGCCUACGCUCGGAACUCAUAGACCUUGUGGGUCCUGAAAACUUCACAUUUAAGUCAAGCAUUAACUGCCUCAAAGUCCAAACGAAAAAUCCAGAAUCCUACCGAGCAAUGAUCCAUUUCUCACAAGGUGCAAAAGCCGAAUUCCAUACCUAUCAAAUGCAAGAAGACAAAGCUUACCGCAUAGUUAUAAGAAACCUUCACCCAACAACGAACACAGCAGAAAUCAGAACAGCUUUAGAAGAAAUCGAUUUUCAAGUACGCCAAAUCACAAAUGUCCUACAUAUGACUACAAAAUUAAAUCUUCCAAUAUUCUUUGUUGACCUUGAACCUUCGGAGUUAAAUAAAGAUAUCUUUCACUUAAACCACAUACUUCAUACCAAGGAAAAAAUCGAAGAAUCAUAUAAAAAACGUGACCUAGUACAAUGUGUGAAUUGCCAUACGGUCAGUACGGCCAUACACAAAUGUACUGUGCACAUACACCAAGAUGCGUUCGAUGUGCUGAGCAUCACAUCACCUCAGCAUGUAUAAAGUCUCGAAAUCUUCCCGCCAAAUGCGCACUAUGUCAGGAUGAACACCCUGCAAACUAUAAAGGAUGCCAAAUUUACAAGAAGCUUCAAAGACAUCGCAACCCAAACUCAAGAACCAUCCAACCAANAUAAUCUUCUUCGCUCUACUCAGAAUCUAAAAUCUGAAAAAAUGUAUUGCUAUCCAAGAUAUCGCAAUAAUCAUAUUAUCUUAGUGGUACACUCUGUACAGAUUUGUUAGUAAGAUUCCAUAACAAUCAGGGCCGUAUUUAGGAAUUUGACACCAGGGGGCAAUAAAAAAAAACGCCUCAUUAUAUCAAAUACAUAUUUAAAAACAAUAGGUAUAUUGUAUAUACAUAUAUAUGAUAUUAUGUAUAUAUAUUGUAUUUGUGUAUAUUAUUAAUACAUUUAAAUUUUUUUAAAUUUAGAUCAUUAAAUAUUGAAAAUAUAAAAAAUUUGGCCGCCCAGGACAACGGCACCCUGUAACUCCCCCCUAAAUACGGCCCUGAUAACAAUAUAUAUAAAAUACAAAUUUUAAUUUAAUUAUAUAAAUUAUCGUUUUCAAAAAUAUGGAAUACAAAUGAAAAUUAAAAUCAAUUCUGUAUGUACUUAAUAGCAACACGGCACAGUUUAUUGGACAAAUGGUUCAGAAAAAACGCUAAAAUCGUUGAACCCAUCCGGAUUUUUGCACACACAAUUGGCGUCGUGUUUUUCCAUAGUGAAUUCACCGAUUUGGAUGGACUCUAGUACCACUAAACAGUGUAAAUACCUCGAAGAAACUAUCGGUGGAUCUCAGGUAAAAUUGUCUUCGGAUAAUUAUAUUCAGCUAUAUGUAAAAUUAUAUAGCGUGAAUUAAAUUUAUAUGCAACUAUUUUAGUAUAAUAUACUACCUAUUUAUUAGCAAUUAGCUGAUUUGACCGGGUCAAAGGCAUACGAGAGAUUUUCUGGACCACAGAUUGCCAAAAUGGCAGAAAACAGACCAGGAGCCUAUCAGAACACAGAAGUUAGACAAUAAAUAUUAUUAUCUCAGUAUUCAAAUGACCGAAAAAGCGAAUUUAAUAAAUCGUUUUUAAUUAUAAUUUUAGAGAAUUUCGCUGGUGAGCAGUUUUGGUUGUUCGUUGUUUCUCGGCGCUUAUGCUCCAAUUGACUGGUCAGACGGUUCGGGAAUGAAUUUAUUGGACAUAAGAACAAAGAAAUGGUCUAAUAAAUGUUUAGAAGUAAUUUGUAGUUAAUCAUAUCAUUGGUUAACUAGAAAUGUUGCUAAAGUUUUAUGUUAAAUUUAGGCGUGUGCGCCAGGCCUGGAAUCCAGAUUAGGACAAACUGUGCCGCCAGGUACAGAUUUAGGUCCAAUUAAUAACUAUUAUGUGGAGAGGUUUGGAUUCAAUUCAGAAUGCAGAGUCGUGUCUUUUACUGGUGAUAAUCCAGCAUCCUUAGCUGGACUAUGCCUAAGCAAAAAUGACAUAGCAAUAAGUCUAGGUACUAGUGAUACACUGUUUUUAUCACUUGAUGAACCUAGGUGUCUUACCGAGGGACACGUUCUAGUCAGUCCGAUAAAUGAAGAUGCUUACAUGGUGCUAUUGUGGUAAUUAUUAUUAAUUCAUAUUAGCUUUAAUAAUUAUUUAUUGUAGUAAACAUUUAUGUUCAAUGUGGUCAUAAAGUUUCAAAAAUGGCUCGUUGACACGCGAAAGAUUGAGAAACCAUUAUGCCAAUGAAUCGUGGGAUGAUUUCAAUACUCUAUUGGAAAGGACACCCAGAGGAAAUUUUGGAUAUUUAGGUUUAUAUUAUGACGAGCAAGAAAUCAUUCCGUGGAUUCACGGAGACUAUCGUUUUGAUAAAAAUGAUACUCUUAUGGAUAGAUUUCCCAGUCGAGAAAUCGAAAUCAAAGCAUUGAUCGAGGGACAGUUUAUUGCUAAAAGAGCACACGCCGAAUUUUUAGGAUACAACAUAGGUGUUUAAAUUUUACAUUUGAAUAUUAAACCAAGUAUUAAUAUAUUAACUUUAAUAUUGUUAUCAUUUUAUAGAUACUAAGACGAGGAUCAUAGCUACUGGAGGUGCUUCGACCAACAACACAAUAUUGCAAAUAUUAUCUGAUGUUUUUAAUGCACCAGUUUAUACACAAGUUUGUAUAUUAAUAAAUUAUUCUAUUCUGUGUGGAUAUUUUAAUUUUAAUGAAUGUAGUAAUUAUAGGAAGCUGUCAAUUCUGCAGUUCUGGGAGCAGCUUAUCAAGCAAAACAUGGCCUUGUGCGAAGCAGGAAUACUGAUUGUGAUGAUUCAUUUCAGUCUGUGGUGAGCAUGGUUGCUCCACCCAAAUUAGCAUGUUCGCCUCACAAAGACGCAUUUGCAGUAAGUAUUUAUAUUAGAACACAUAUGUACACAAGUUAAAUUAAUAAUUUAUUGUUAUUAUUUUUAGAUUUACACUCCAAUGGUCGAGCGAUACAAUAAAAUAAUAAAAGAGUUGACAUCUGAAACUGAAAAAUAA